AAAACCAAACGCACCUUGUACACGUUACACGUCAUAAGACAGAGCAGUACCGGUCGUUUAAUGUAAGUUAGCCAGUCUAGAUAGCGUCUAGAUGAUGUUUCCGGGAAAAACCGGUUUUCUUCGUCAUCAUGAUGGGUGAAUCAGGGAUAUAGGAGCAGCGGAGUCUGCUUCCCUGAGAAGACUGAUGAAUAAAUCAAGAGGAAAAUCUGCACCAUGGGAAGAAUCGGCUUUUCAUGCCUUUUCCCAGCAUCGUGGCACUUCAGCCUGCCAUCUCAGGUUCUUCCUCGGCUUCUGACUCCUUCCCUCAGACAGCUGCUCUUCAUCGGCCUGGUGCCCUGCCUCAUAGGACUGCUCUACCUGCUCCUUGUAGCCGUAAAGACACGCACCAGCUGGAUUGGAGAAGAAAACCCUUUCCACAGGCACCUGGCUAGAGUUACUGACCUGGAUACAACAGAUACAAGCAAUCCCAACCUGAACUACGGCCUGGUGGUGGACUGUGGCAGCAGUGGCUCCAGGUUAUUUGUAUACUGUUGGCCCCGGCACAACGGUAAUCCCCGUGAACUGCUGGACAUACGGCAAAUGCGAGAUCAACACCGCAAACCAGUGGUCAUGAAGAUCAAGCCUGGUAUUGCUGAAUUGGCUAAAACACCCGAGAAGGCCAGCGACUACAUUGAUCCACUUCUAAGCUUUGCAGCUCAACACAUUCCCAAACAUAAGCACCAGGAAACACCCCUGUACAUCCUGUGCACAGCUGGGAUGAGAAUCCUACCAGAAAGUCAACAAGAAGCCAUUCUUGAAGAUCUGCGCACAGAUAUCCCUGUUCACUUCAACUUCCUCUUCUCUGAUUCCCAUGUGGAGGUUAUUUCUGGAAAACAAGAAGGUGUCUAUGCAUGGAUCGGAAUAAACUUUGUCCUUGGAAGGUUUAACCAUCCUCACAAUGAUGGAGAAGAUGUGGUGGAGGUACAUGUUCCAGGCAGCGAUCAGCAUGAAGCGCUGAUGAGGAAAAGGACAGCCGGUGUCCUGGAUAUGGGUGGUGUCUCCACACAGAUUGCGUAUGAAGUGCCCAAAACUGUAAGCUUUGCCUCUCCACAACAGGAGGAAAUGGCCAAAUACUUACUUGCAGAAUUCAACUUGGGAUGUGAUGCACACGUCACUGAUCACGUUUAUCGCAUUUACGUGUCCACCUUUCUGGGUUUCGGAGGAAACGCUGCGCGCCAUAGAUACGAGGAGAGCCUCAUCAGAAACACUGCUGCUCGAAACAAGCUAUUAGGUGAGCAUGUUGGUGAGACAGCAGAGUCUCCCCUCCUGGACCCUUGUCUUCCCACAGACCUGCAGGAUGAGAUCGGACCGUCUACUCAGAGGCUCCACCUUCGGGGGACGGGAGACUUCGAUGAGUGCAGACAGAUUCUCCAGCCGUUCCUCAACAGAACCAAUGAAUCCCAAACCUCCCUCAGUGGCAUCUUCCAGCCAACAAUUGACUACAGCAACAGCCAGUUUUAUGGCUUUUCAGAGUUCUACUACUGCAUGGAGGAUGUGCUGCGUAUGGGUGGGGAUUACAAUGCUUCUAAAUAUGCCCAGGCUGCCAAGGGCUACUGCGCCACCCAGUGGAAGACACUGAAGGAACGCUUUGACUCCGGUCUUUAUGCCUCACAUGCAGAUUUUCACCGGCUCAAGUACCAGUGUUUUAAAUCUGCAUGGAUGUAUGAAGUUUUGCACACAGGUUUCUCCUUCCCAACCAAUUACAAAAACCUGAAGACAGCCUUACUGGUCUAUGAUAAGGAGGUCCAGUGGACUCUGGGAGCUAUUCUUUAUAGAACACGGUUUCUCCCUUUGAGGGACAUCCAACAGGACAGUCUGAAAGGAGCACACUCUCACUGGCGACACAGCUUCUCCUUCGUCAACAACCACUACUUGUUCCUGAUGUGUUUCUUUAUCGUGUUGCUCUCCAUUUUACUGUACUUACUGAGGCUUCGCCGCAUCCAUCGGCGUGUGGCGCAGCGAUACACUCCCUCCUCUGUGCCGUGGUUGGAAGAGGGCCUCGGCUCACCCUCUCUCCCAAUCGAUCUCUAAACCUUGGGAAGCACGAACAGAUUUAUGACUUUCCCAAGUUAGACUUCACUUUAGACUCAUUUUAUAGAGGAUGCGAAAAGCAUACUAUUGCUGUUGAUGUUAUUUUGCCUUCAGGUGUCUUACUUUUAUUUUUUUAUUUUUUAUAGUGACCAACACAAAAUCACACAGCUUUCUAGUUAACUCACACCCUAAUAGUUAGACCACACUGGACAAAUAUAUCAUAGAGACAUUACAUUUGUUUGUGUUUUUGCCUUUCUUUUUGCCUUUUUAUGUGCUUUUAUUUAGUUUUGUUUUACCUUAUUUUUUAUUCUUUCUCAUAGUUAAGUAGAAAAAGCACUUUCUACAGAAACCUCUCCACGACAUUGGAAGCACUUUUCACUGCAGUCAAACUGCAUGGCCAAGAUGAAGCAAUUAGUUGGGUGUAUUUAUCCCUAAACCUUCCUGCAUAUUUAUGUCGGAAAAUAUGAAGCCUUUAACAGCUGUAAUAGUGCAAUAAAUGUCUUGUCACUGCUGGGGAAAUUCUUGAAAACCCGUCUGCCCUCUUAACAAGAGAAUCAAUCCCCCUGCUGAAACUAUUGCUUGACUCUUUGUUUGGUAUUGUUAGUUGUAUUUAAUUGAGGCUUCAUUUUCAGAAGCCAAUAUAUCUCUAUUGUGAGGAAAUUGUAAAACAGAGCAUGUGUUCUGUUAUUUAAAUAAAAAUGGUCUAUUAAAUUGUUUCCACAGA